UCCACCUUGCACAAUUGAAUGGGCAAGUGUGACCGAUAACUUGCAAUACGUUCGACGAAGCAACUGGACAAAUGGUGACAGUGGGAGGUACCGUUCUGUUUCCAACGUGCUUUUCAGUGUUUCUAAAGACAUGCCUCGGACUAUUACAUGUGCAACAAGAUGCGAUCAUUUCAAAUCUCAUUUGAAUACAAAUACCGUCAGAUGUCUUGUGGAUGAUAACGAUGAUAAAGGACAAUGGACGAUUUGGUGGGAAGAUGAAAAUAGCACUGUAAUGAAGACCUGUAACAAAACAGACGAAUGCCUGUUAACACUUCAUUAUGCGAGAGAUGGCGAAAAUAUAUACACUUGCAACGCUUGGAAAUUAAAUGAGCUUCUGAAAUAUUCCUUGACCGUGAUAAGAACAACAGCAGAUGGUCGUCACUCCCUCGAAACUGACAUUCAUACAUUCCGAUUUCCUGUCAUCAAUGUACUUAUCGGAGCAGGUGUUAUAGGUGGACUCUGCAUCCUGUUUGUUAUUGGAAGAUGUAUGCUUCUUAAACGGCAAAAGAUCGACGUAAUUAACACAGUAGAAAUUGUUGAAAACCACAGCGGUAAGUUUUUAUCUUUAAGUUUACUUUAACGUUCAUGUGUAAGUCCUUUACACGCCAUUUGAAAAUUCCAUCAUGUACAAUAUAUAUAUACACUUUAAUA